UAAGCUCACUGUUUAUUACUAAGGAGCGGGCGUUAACAAAAGCCGUCCAUUCGAUGGAAAAACUACAGGGUGUUUUUUUUUCUAACUAGUUUACUGUAUUAUUUUCGUGUAAAAAUACACCAGGUUUGGUUCUAUUUGUUCAGGGUUUAAUGCGGUUCAAUUAGCACUAAACUCCAUCAUUAUCUUUUUAAAUACAUUGUUCCUGCCUUUUAAAACGAAUGUCAACCGACCUGUACCUAAGUUAAUACGUUUCGAAAUUUCCGUUUACCUAUACAGAAAAUAUUUAACCAAAGGAUCUACAGUCCAAAACUUUUAUAUAUGUAUGCCGAAACUAGUUUUAGAGCCGGUUCGGUUCAACACUGAACGUACAUGGCUUAUCGGACGGCAGAUCGAUCGAAUAGACAGCGAUUCGCCUGCCUCUGUCAAACCGAGCCUGGGCUUCGCUCCGACAGGUUCUAGGAAUCACCGGAGCGGUAAAUGCUUCUUCAUUAUUUCAGUGAAUUCUAUUUAAUCACAAAAUUUCCGGAUGUUGAGUGAAUGGGAAAAUUAAAUACUUGCCGGAAGCAGAUAUUCAAAGGAUACACAUUACGCUGGUGGUGGCGUUAAGGUGUUGCUGUUCAAAAAACACACGACUGAGUGAUUCUUCCAAUGGCUGGGAUGUGCGAUUGUGAUUUUCGUUGAAUGGAUUUUUUAUUAUUACUAGUUUCCACACAAAAGGUAUUCAUGCAAACUUUACUAGCCGUGCUCUAAUGAUAAAGAGUUUUACCUUACCAAAAAUCAAUUAUAAAGUACGAGAAAAAAAGAAGAAAGCGCUAUGCAGCAUCUGUGUAUCUCAUGAUAUAGCAUGAUCCCAAAAAAGAAAAGACAUUUCCUUGACUAGAUUUCAGGUCGACUAGGAUUCUGCAUGGAAGAGAAGAGUUCAAGUUGUAAACAUGGCGGUGGUGUCUAUAAUGAACAAUCAGUCUCGGUACCGGAGACCCAUCAGUCGUCCGGACCGUCUAAACGAGAGUGACGGGGAACUGUGGUUGUUCCAGUCCCCCGAUUCCGGUAGGAAGUUCCGGGACAGCGACGGAUCCGACAAUGAAUUAGCCUUGGAAGACCUGGUAACGUGUUGUGUGGAUGGUUCCUCUCCUCACAGCUGUUCAUUGCAAACUUGUGAACGGGUGACCAUCAACGUUAGUGGGCAGUAUUACGAAACAUGGGCCUCCAUACUUAAUAAACACCCGACUACCUUACUAGGGAACCCUCGGAAGAGGAUACGAUUUUUCGAUAAGGAUAGGGGUGAAUAUUUCUUUGAUCGGCAUAGACCUACGUUUGAAUCUAUAUUUAAUUAUUAUCAAUAUGGCGGGAAGCUUCGACGCCCGGAGCCCGUGCCCGAUGAUAUAUUUCUCAGGGAGUUAGAUUUUUACCAAAUAGAGAAGGAGAAAAUCGAAUUGUACAAAAAGGAAGAAGGAUAUGUUUCUGAAAAAAUGGUAUUACCAGAAAACCCUUGCAAACGUAAGAUCUGGCUGCUUAUGGAGUAUCCGGAGACGUCAUUUGCAGCUUACGUCAUUGCAAUAGUUUCCGUUGUGAUAACCGUGCUUUCAAUUAUAUUGUUCUGUGUGGAAACGGUUCCCUGGUUGUCGAGCCACGACUGCGUGAACGGGAAACCGAAUUUUGCAGAUCCUUACUUCAUCCUGGAGACCCUAUGCACCGCCUGGUUCACCUACGAAGUAUUCAUUCGCCUUUUUUCGUGCCCGAGUAAAAUCAAAUAUUUCAAAGAUUUUCAGAAUCUGGUAGAUAUUACAGCCGUUAUUCCUUAUUAUGUAACGCUGUCGAAUUUGCUUUCUCCAGACGGCUGCGACGGGGGUUCAGCGGGAACGUCUCUAGCCUUUCUAAGGGUGAUCCGACUGGUUCGAAUCUUUAAGCUGACGAAACACUCCGCCGGCUUGCAAGUUCUAAUUCUAACGUUUAAAGCCAGUAUAGAGGGUCUUCUCCUGUUUUUGGUCGCCCUCUUUGUUUGCAUUCUCUUGUUCUCCAGUGCUAUCUAUUUCGCCGAACAAAGCCAACCAGAUUCGCAAAUUACGUCAAUUCCGGAUGCUUUUUGGUGGGCCGUGAUUACCAUGACAACCGUUGGUUACGGAGAUAAAUAUCCUGUGGGAAUUCUGGGGAAAAUCAUUGGAAGUAUUGCUGCCUUGACAGGGGUCUUAACUUUAGCGAUCCCUGUUCCAAUCAUCACAGAAAACUUCAACAAGUUUUAUGCCCACAAAACAGGCAGAGGACGUAUUCACACAGCAGUUUGAGACUUUGUACUAGCUCACAUCACUUUGCCUGUAGAACAAUUCUCACAGUCACAACGAACUUUCUGAAAUUGUCUUGAUUAUUUGAACAAUUGUUCGAGGAUAAAUCGUAGGUACAUGUACCGGUAUACGAUGCAAUGGAAAUGUUCCACAUUGAGAACAAUAUGUAGAGUGCGCCUUAUUGCAAAGUGUAUGAUUUGAUACCAUAGCAGUUGUGUUAUCAGGCAGGACUAUGCCUAGCAGAGCGCGAGUUUAACUCUUAUAAUGGGAGCAAGAUAGUACAGUCUGUAUUGUAUUGUCUUGUUGGAUUCAAUUACCUCCUAGUAAAGGAUUACCAAGCCUUAGCAAUCCUUAUUUGCCCGUCAAAGAUGGACGUGGAGGGUUUAUUUUUACCCGCCAUUGAUUUCUCGCAGAUGAUUCAAUGUUUCUGUUGAAAAUUGGCAAUUUCAGAAUAAAAUGUUAUUACAAUCUUAUAUGGCCCAGCUUAACUAUAUCACCUCCAGGAUGAGCACAAAAAGAUUAUUAUGAAACAUUAAUGGUUUAGAGCCCAAGAAGAAAAAAAAGAUGUCGUCGUAAAAACAUUACAGUAAUGGGGGUUUUAUUCAAACGUGCUCUGUUGGUAAGACGUCUGAUAACAAAACUACUAUUAGCAAUACAAUAUAUGAACCAACGGUGAAGGCAAAGGCACGAUUGAGAAACGUUAAUUGUAUUGUCUCUUGUUCAUUUUUUUCUCUUCCUCUUUCUCUCACUAUUUAAUUGUAAAAUCAUUUCAUUCAACACCCUUUUCGAUGUUUAUGUCCUUUUUCUCUUGGAAUCGAAAGCUCUAUUAUUACAAUGAAGUAUUUUAGCAUGAUGUAGUUGCAUUUUUUACCAUUUGAAUGUAAAAGUGUAUGUAAUUAUAAGUCGGAAAUGGCAUACGGGAUAAUGUAUGAACUAUGAACAACAAUCAAAAUCGCAUUUAUAUUACGUUGUUUGACCCAAUUAAUCGAAUUAAUCGAAUUCACGAGCAUUUUAUAAAAACAAGAAAUGGAUAACACCAAAUUUCUAUACUCAAUUUAAUCUUAAUUCUUUGUGUUGUUGAAAAGAUUAAUUAAAAGAUAUAUUAGUUGUUUGAAUACAAGAACAAUUCAAUUAUGCAUUUCAAUGCAAAACAUGGGGAUGUUUUCUAUCACUGAACUCCUACUAAUUGAUACAUGUAACAUCGUAAUAUUAAUCGAAUCCUGACUUUUACAAUUAUACAGAGUUUUUCGUUUAAUUUGGUUAAAUUUGCAACACACCAUGUGUUGUUGUACCAGUAUUUGCAACAGAUCCCGUAUGCCAUGAUGCAACGUUUUGAUGAUCACGUGAUUUUGUCUGUGAUAAUAAUAUAUAUACAUACAUUGUACAUGUAGAACCUACAUGAAGUAUAUCUUUGCUCAACUUAUUUUAAGCGAGGGCUCGAAUAGUUUCACGUAUCUAUAAAUACGCAUGUUUUAUUUGUAUUUCUUGAUGUUUUUUGAACAAAAACAUUUUCCCUGUAAUCUUAUAAGUUUUGGGCGACAUUGCGUGCAUUUUCCAUUUGCAAUUGAUUUCAUCUUUUGCAGUUUAUUGUUGAAGUGAUUCUCAUGUUUGCAUUUUUGUCCCCAAAGCACAUGUACUUUAGAAUCAUAAUGGUUUGUUUGAUAUAUGCACCGGUUGAUGUGCAGUUUUACAUUUAGAUCUAACACACCCGUACCAGAUGAACUCCUUCACUUAUUACCAGACGACAGUCGUUUUAUUCCAGUUCGAAACAACUAUCUUUUAGAGUGUAAAAACACCCUUUUGUAAGCAAAUAGAGAGGCUUAAUUACAAUCCAAAUAAAAUGAGGAAAGAGAGUAAAAAAAAGAAAGCGUCAAUAGUAUUGGGCCAUGUAGUGCGUUAAUUCAUUCAGUAAUCAAAUUCAGCUGUCAUAGUGAAUUUGUUUGAUCUAGGAAUAAUUUAAUCAUCUAUCGGUUAAAAACAUCACAGCAGAACCAUGCAGGCUCGUAGAAUUAAGCAUCAGGGAAAAUUCAAUUCUGAUACGAAAUAUCCCGUGCAUCUGAGUCCCGUGUUUAAACUGGGGGAAAAUCAAUAGUCUACUGUACAGAAAGACUGGUGAUGCCUCUUAUACAUUAUUCGGUUUCCGACUGUAAAAAAAAACCUCUCUUAUCAUUUUUUAUUCCAUAUUAUUAGUUUUUCUCAAGAAAGUGUAAUAAUAAAAGCAGGGAAAUGACGUCAUUUAUAAUUUGAGAUUCAUAGAACAAAAUUAAUUUGACUCUGAAUAUUAUAUUCUGUAAAUUUCAUAAUUUUAAUUGAAUAAGCCGAAUGGUCAACAAAUUCACCAUCAGAUCUUUAUCAAAAAUGUUGAUAUGGUGUUUAUAGCCAUAAGUAUUGUUUAUCAAAGAACAGUCCAUAAACUUUGAAUAUUUUCCUAAUAUCUCUAUACAUGUAAAGAGCUCUUUUAAAAGGAGGUUAAUUUUGUCUAAAAACGACCCAGACAAUCCAUUAACUGGUGUUAUAUAUCCACAAUAUUCUUUUAUAUGUAAAAUCAAUUGUUUCUUAGUUAUAUCUGAAAAUAUUACUUAACUGAUCCAGAGCAUCUAGUUUUGCCCGGUAAAACCAAUGCUUUAUAUAAACUUAAUAAAGCAAGGAAUACAUGUAUAAGAUUAUCAAUAACCUCUGAGGCAGAUAUAGAGAUAACCUAAAAAUGUUAGCAACAAUUCCCCCAUGAUGUCGUCUUCUUUGAAAAAUAUAACUUUGUCGUGUCUUUGACAAUUCUUGCAGCUAGACAAACACAAAAAAAACUCGCUAAAUCCAUUAGAGCAGUCUAGCUAUAUUUCUGAACAUAAUAUUCCUCCGCAAUUUUGGAACCAGAUCAAAAAUGUUACACUAUUCUGCUAUCUUUGAUACAUGGGGAGUUGCUACCUUAUGGGACCAUCUUUCUUACGUACUUCUCACCAUCAAAGUCAAUAGUACAUGUUACAGCGUUACAGUUUUUGUUUCAAGAAGGAAUUCGUUUAUUGGGCUCUGGAUAAUGUAAUUCUACAAAAUUUUCCCUGAUCCUUAUUCUAUUAAAAGCCAAGUCUUAUCCCUUUUGGUAAGCCGUAUGAGUGUAUAUUUUUGAUGAUCCGUUAUAUGAAGAUAACUUUAAAAAGGCUUUUGCACACAUUUGAGAGUGAAAGGGGGGGGGGGGGGGGCUUGAGGGAGAUGGGCUUGACAACUUCUGUUACCAAAAAAUAAACAUUUCCCCAGUGUCAUUUUCACUUUUUUUACAUUCUGUGCUAAUAAAGCUAAACCUAGAAAAGACCGUCAAUAUUAUUUUUAAUGAUGUCAAUAUCCCCCAUGCAGUUUUAAAACAGUAACUGUAGCCAUUGCAUGUAACAGGUGGUGUGAAGAAAAUAAAGAUGUAUUUGCGUACCUAUCGAUUAUUAAUUAAAGGAUAUACAACUGUCAAAAUAAAAAAGAGAAUACAUCAUAAUUUAUAUUUAAAAUUUAACUGGCCUGCAUUAUCUCUCAAUUAGUAUUAGUCCAACAAAAGUUCUGUUUACUGAAAAUUGUUUGAAUUAUUGAUGAAUUAAGCUUAAGCCUCCUAAUUGUGCCACUAUACAGUGCGAUUGUGUGACUAAGAACAAAAUCAAUUUUUAACAAGCAAUACUUUUAAGAUCUACAAAAAAGGGAUAUUUUAAUCAUAUACUUUAUCACAUAAACGAACACUAAAUUCCCUUCUACUGACGUAUUAGAGAAUACAAUAGGGAAAUGUUUCAAAUCAACGAAAGAAAGAGAUCAGAAAAGAAAGAAAAAAAAAACCGGAAAAAUGAAAUGAAAAUUUUUUUUUAGUUGAGAUUGUGAUCUCAUGACAUGUGAAAAUUAGAUGUGAGUAACUCAUUAUCCUUAAACAAUGAACCGGCUAUCUCUACACAUCGGAAUCUCUUCAAUAUUUGAUUACUUUAGUAAUCGCUCCACUGGAACGCUUGUAUGAACUAUACUGAAAUCAAUAGUCUAGGGUCUAUAAAUGUAUUGCUAGGGAUAGGUUACAGAAAUGUGAUUUUUCUUUUUCUCCUUCACUGAGCUUUUUACAUGUAUAUAUACUUUAAGCGUUUCUAUAAAAAAAUUUACGCUUCAGAUGAAGUACUUUUUUUCUUUAAAGUAUUUAUACUGAUUUUUGAAGGGUUUAUGAUGUAAAACAUACAAUGGCAUUUGUGUUCACUGCUUUUGCAUUUCUGUAUGGUCUGGCGAUGGAUUUAUGGAUUAAAAUCUAUAUUCAUCUAAAAUGUAUCUGCGUUAUCAGAGAUAUAAGUAUUGAACGACUUGUACAUGUAACUCAGCACAGUCUUAUAUAAGGUCAGAAUUACAUACAUGCAACAAGUCAAAUAAGUAGGCUAAUCUCUUUUUCUUUUCUAAUUUUUCUUAGAAUAAUUUUUCAAUUUACAAAAUAAAACCAACACGUUUAUCAAAGGUAAGGCAACAUGCUUUUUUGAAAAUCCUAGUUAUACAAACAUGUCAUUCCAAACUUCAAUAUUUUUUUUCUUUUAUACAAAUAAAAAUUGCAUUCUUACUUAAAAUUGACAAAACACACGAACUUCAAAACUCAAAACUGCUUUUUUAAGGUGAAUGUUAUGGAGCUGUAACAACUGAGUGAAUUCUUUACCAUCAUCUCCUUUUACCUUUUUGCAAUUUGUCAUUAAUCUUUGUUUAUCGUUUUAUUUUCAGACACAUUUGAAAACUGUGGUGUAAAAUAAACAAACGCAGUUUGCAUUAGAUUUUUAGAUUUUCCGAUAAAUGAGUAGAUAGGCUUUUACAAUAUUGUAUUUCAACUAUACUGAGUCCACCUAAACUUUAUAUCUUUGUAUCGUUCGAUUAAGCGUAUUGGAUGUAAAAUCUGUUGGACAUUUUUUACUAAAAAAAACACUGCAUGUUACAAGAAAAAAACAUUUUAAAAUACUGUAUUACAUAUACAACUGUAUCUUGUUUUUUCUUUUUUUUUCUUUUUACACUUGUUGAUCUUUUAAAUUAUUACACAAUGACUUUCAUUAAUUAUACAUGUAUAUAUAUAGACAUAUAUGUAUUCGCGUGUGCCCAUCACGGAUUGACUUUUUUUGUCUGGCAAACGAGACUGUGGAUAUUACAAAUGGUUUGCGGUGCAUUGAUUACAUGCAAUAAUUUGAUUUUUGUCCCCUGCGACUGCAGUGGAUCGGUUUUUGCUAAUCUAUUGUUACCUAUCAUGUUACUUAAUAUUAAUGGUUGUUAGAGAUUUCAUGCACUUUUCUAUGCAGUCUUCCCGAUAAUGGGAGGAAUUAAAUUAUCACGAAAGUGUC